CAGAUACUUUGGUCAUUUCCUCGUCUCACGUGUUCAUUUGUUUUGCGGUCGUCGAUUUGAGUAGCUGAAGAGGAGUUUCUGUUUGCCGUUCGUUUUUCGCUGUCUGUAUUUCUUCAUUCAUUGUAACUGUUGCUAAAUAUGGCCAGUAACAGAGGCAGUUUGGUUCACGCUAUGUCCGAGCUCCUGACGAGGGGCACGGGUGCCGACGUUACGCUGUGUGUCCGAGAUGGUGAAAUAGAGGCGCACAGCUUAAUACUCGCCGCCAGGAGCCCGGUCUUCGCAGCUAUGUUACUGCAGCACGACACGGAGGAAGCUGCCAGUGGCCGUGUCCAGAUACCGGACGUAGAGGCUGCCACUAUGCGGCAGCUCGUCCGCUACGUGUACACGGACGAGGUCCCGGAGGGGAAAGAAUCUGCGGCAGAGCUACUCGCGGCUGCAGACAAAUACGGCCUCCUUCUGCUGAAGGAGGCUUGCGAGGACCGGUUGCUGCAGAAUUUGUGUCUAGAAAAUGUGGCGGAGUGUGCGGUGCUGGCUUCGCAGCACUGUUGCUCGCGCCUGCUCGGUGCCGCCGUCGAGGUGAUCUCCCGGGACCCUCUGGAGGCCCGCAAGACGGAGGGCUGGCGAGAGGGAGUGGCCUGCUGCCCGCAACUGAUUACGCAAAUCUCGGAGUUGGUUGAAGCGAAAAUCAGUGCCGCAAAGGACGCCGCCUUGAAGAAGUGGCUGCACGAAGCUGCAGAACGUGGAAAUGUGGACGAACUCCCAGACAUACUGGCACAGGGAGUGGACAUAAACUGCCGGUGUGAGAACGGUUACACGGCACUUCACAAGGCGGCGAAGGGUGGCGACGUCUUGGCCGUAAACUGGCUGUUGGAAGCGGGUGCCGAUGUCAGUGCACGGAAUAACUGGCAGCAGACGCCCCUCCACGUAGCAGCGGGACACGGCAGACAGGGAGUCGCCAUGACCUUGCUGUUUUACGGGGCAGAUAUAGACGCGUGGGAUGGCAGCGGGCAGACGGCUCUGCAGGUUGCUGCCGCGUGUGGUGAAGCGUCCGUGGUCAACCUGUUGUUGCGGCUGGGAGCGGACCGAUCUGCUGCCGGAUACGGUAUGACGCCUCUACAACUUGCCCAGGCGUACAACAGGAAGACAGUCGUCGGUAUUCUGACUGGGAUUCGUCCGGUGUAAGGUGGACCUUUCGUACCAUUUUCGAUAAAGCAAAUAAACUUCUGGUUUACUGUGAAA